AUGAGUUGUUUCAGCUGUUGCGAAGAGGAUGAGUACCAUAAGGCUGCUGAAAGUGGUGGACCAUAUGUUGUAAAAAAUCCAGCAGUUAAUUUGACUCAUAUAAGGAAUGAUGGAAAUUAUCAUGCUUCUGAGACUGCAAAACAGGGAGCUCAGGCUGUUAAAGUGCAGCCCAUUGAAGUUCCUGAGAUACAGGCAGAUGAACUGAAAGAAGUUACUGAUAACUUUGGACAAGAUUCACUUAUUGGAGAGGGAUCCUAUGAAAGAGUAUACUAUGGAGUUCUUAAAAAUGGGCCGGCUGCAGCAAUCAAGAAGUUAGAUGCUAGUAAACAGUCCGACGAGGAAUUCUUGGCCCAUAUAUAUUUGUGCGACAACCUUGGCUCAAUAUUUUUUGUUACAUAA